UUAUUCUUAGCAACAUGGGAUGCAAAAUCAGUACUCAAAAUAGUAUAGAAAAGCAACGCAAUGAGGAAAUAGAAAAUCAAUUGAAAAGAGAUAAAAUUAUUAUGCGUAAUGAAAUUAAAAUGCUUCUUCUUGGAGCCGGUGAAUCAGGAAAAUCAACAAUUUUAAAGCAAAUGAAACUUAUUCAUGAAGGAGGUUAUAGUGUUGAAGAGAAAGAAUCAUUUAAGGAAAUCAUUUAUUCUAAUACGAUUCAAUCUAUGCGUGUUAUUCUUGAAGCAAUGGAAGUAAUGGAUAUCCCACUUGAUGACCCAAAAAAUAUACAAUAUGUACAAGUCAUUCUUAGUCAGCCAAAUCAGAUUGAAGGGGAAAUACUUCCCCAAGAGAUUGGUGAAGCAGUUAUUUGUUUAUGGAAAGAUGCUGGUGUACAACAAUGUUUUCGGAGAUCUCGUGAAUAUCAAUUAAAUGACUCAGCAAAAUAUUAUUUUGAUUCAAUUGAUAGAAUCUCACGUCCAGAUUAUUUACCAACAGAUCAAGAUGUAUUACGCUCUCGUGUUAAAACAACUGGCAUUACAGAAACCACAUUUAUUAUUGGAGAUGUAAUUUAUCGUAUGUUUGAUGUUGGAGGGCAACGCUCUGAGAGAAAAAAAUGGAUUCAUUGUUUUGAAAAUGUGACAACAAUUAUUUUUCUUGUCGCUAUUUCAGAAUAUGAUCAAUUACUUCUUGAAGAUGAAACAGUAAAUCGCAUGCAUGAAGCACUUACUCUUUUUGAUUCUAUAUGUAAUUCUCGCUGGUUUAUAAAGACAAGUAUUAUAUUGUUUUUAAAUAAAAUAGAUAUUUUUCGAGAAAAACUUUCUGUUUCUCCAAUGAAAAAUUAUUUUUCUGACUAUACAGGGGGGGAUGAUUAUAAUGCAGCAUGUGAUUAUAUUUUAAACAGAUUUGUUUCAUUAAACCAAUCCAAUACUAAACAAAUUUAUACUCAUUUUACAUGUGCGACUGAUAGCAGUCAGAUAAAAUUUGUAAUGUCCGCUGUUAAUGAUAUCAUUAUACAGACAAAUUUGAGGGGUUGUGGUAUUCUAUAAAAUAUC